AUGAUCUUCGUUCUCGCCCUCAACAUUUUCACCCACAGCAGUCUCGGCUUCUUCCUCAUCGCCGUUGCAAUGGCCUUCUCUUUGUGCAUCCAAGUCAGUGUGCCCUACAUGCUUCUGGGAAUCUACCGCGAAGAUCCCAGCUAUCCAAAAUCGAGAGGACUAUCAAGCGACAAUUCGAUAAUUUCUUCUACUUUCUCGGUGGGACAGGCAGCGGCGAUUUUGCUGAGUUUUAUCGUCCAAAAAACUGGCACAACUACGGUGAUCAUUCCUUGGUCUCUUGGCUCUGCGAUUUUAGCACUAAUAACUGCGUUUUAUCUUGAUUAUGGAAGCAAUGAAGCCUCGAAAGCAAACGAAAACAAGAAGCAAGAAGACAUUCAAUUAACUGAUAACAGAAAUGAAAAUCUUUAA